CUAUGGACGAUCUAGCCGGUGCCGAAGAGCAAUUACGUGAACGAGAAGAAGCACUGCAAGCUGUUAAGAAUCAGUACGACGAGGCAGUAGGUGAAAAGCAGCGUUUAACAGAUGCAGCCAAUGUAUGCUUACGUAAGAUGACUGCAGCUACUGCGCUCAUUAAUGGUCUCUCGGAUGAAAAGCAUCGUUGGACAAAUCAAAGCAAAGAGUUUAAAAUUCAACUGGGAAAGCUAGUUGGUGAUGUGUUAUUAGCUACCGGAUUUCUUUCAUAUUGUGGUCCAUAUAAUCAAGAGUUUCGUGCAAAUCUGAUUAAAACUUGGAUGGGCAUACUUAAGCACAAAAGCAUACCAUUUACCACAGGCUUAAAUCUAAUAAGUAUGUUAGUCGACUCAUCGACAGUGUCUGAAUGGACUUUGCAGGGCUUACCAAAUGAUGAGUUAUCAGUGCAAAAUGCUUUGAUAGCUACUAAAUCAAGUAGUUACCCACUUUUAAUUGAUCCACAAACACAAGGCAAAAUUUGGAUAAAAUCAAAAGAGGAUCAAAAUGAGUUACAAAUCACAUCACUUAAUCAUAAAUAUUUCCGUACACAUUUAGAGGACUCUUUGUCAUUGGGUCGUCCACUAUUAAUCGAAGAUGUAGGCACAGAAUUGGAUCCCGUUAUUGAUAAUGUGCUGGAGAAAAAUUUUAUUAAGUCUGGCAGUAUCGAGAAGGUGUUGGUUGGUGAUAAGGAAUGUGAUGUCAUGCCUGGAUUUAUGCUAUACAUAACAACAAAAUUACCGAAUCCACCAUUCAGUCCAGAAGUGAGCGCAAAAACUUCAAUUAUAGAUUUCACAGUAACUAUGCGUGGUUUAGAAGAUCAGUUAUUAGGUCGUGUUAUAUUAAUGGAAAAAUCAGAAUUGGAAGCAGAACGUGUAGCACUCUUUGAAACUGUUAUGCAAAAUCAACGCAACAUGAAGGAAUUGGAAGGUAAUCUAUUGUAUCGCUUAAGUUCCUCACAGGGUUCGCUGGUAGAUGAUGAGGCACUUAUUGAGGUUUUGCGUGUAACUAAAACCACAGCUGAAGAGGUAAACCAGAAGUUAAAAAUAUCUGAAGUAACUGAAAGGAAAAUUAUGAAAGCACGUGAAGAGUUUCGUGCAGUGGCAGCAAGAGGCUCUAUACUUUAUUUUCUAAUUGUUGAAAUGAGUAAUGUAAAUGUAAUGUACCAGAACUCUUUAAAACAGUUUUUAGUUAUAUUCAACAAUUCUAUUACAAAAUCUACAAAAUCAAGUGUCACUGAGGAGCGCAUUAACAUUAUUUUACGUUAUUUAACUUAUGAAGUAUAUAAGUUUACCAAUCGCAGUUUAUAUGAGCGACAUAAGCAACUCUUUACAUUGAUGCUUGCCAUUAAGAUUGAUUACCACAAUGGCAUCAUCAGUCAUGAGGAGUUCAUGGCAUUUAUAAAGGGCGGUGCAUCCUUGGAUCUCAAUGCUGUUACACCAAAACCUUUUCGCUGGAUAUUAGAUAUAACAUGGCUUAAUUUAGUUGAGAUUAGUAAAUUGGAAACAUUUUCCAAUGUACUAGAAAUGAUUGAAUUAAAUGAGAAAGAAUGGCGAGUUUGGUAUGAAGCAGAGAAGCCGGAAAGUGAAGAAAUACCCUGCGGUUACCAGAUCUCUCUAGAUGGUUUUCGAAAGUUACUAUUAAUACGUUCAUGGUGUCCAGAUCGUACUAUUUCGCAGGCUAAACGUUAUAUUGAGGAAUCACUUGGCUCCGAAUAUGGAGAAAUGCAAAUAUUAGAUCUUGAAGCUACUUGGCUUGAAUCUGAACCGCGUACACCAUUUGUUUGCUUAUUAUCUAUAGGUUCCGAUCCUACCACGCAAAUUGGGGCAUUAGCAAAACAGAAAACCAUACCACUUAAAAGCGUUUCAAUGGGUCAAGGUCAGGAAUUUCAUGCGCGCAAAAUGAUAUUGGAAUCAAUGGCUGGUGGUGGUUGGGUAUUGCUACAAAAUGUACACCUUUCGCUACCAUUUUGUGCGGAAAUUAUUGAUAUGUUAGUCGAGACAGAACACAUUGAUGAAACAUUUCGCAUGUGGGUCACAACAGAGCCGCAUACAGAUUUUCCAAUUGGUUUGUUGCAAAUGGCAAUUAAAUUUACGAAUGAACCACCACAAGGCAUAAGGGCAAGCAUGAAGCGUAGUUAUCAGUCGUUCACUCAAGAUUUUCUUGAUUACACUUCCGCACCACAAUGGCCACCGCUGCUUUACACUGUCGCUUUUUUACAUACCAUAGUGCAGGAGAGACGAAAAUUUGGCCCACUUGGUUGGAAUGUCCCAUAUGAGUUUAACCAAGCUGAUUUUGCUGCUAGCGUGCAAUUCGUACAAAAUCAUCUUGAUGAAAUGGAUCCCAAGAAGGGUGUCUCUUGGCAGACAUUAGUAUACAUGAUUGGUGAAGUGCAGUAUGGCGGACGUGUAACUGAUGACUUUGACAAACGUCUGCUGACAACAUUUACAGCUGUUUGGUUUUGUGAGGCUUUGUUGACGAAUUCUUUUGAGUUUUAUAAAGGAUAUAAAGUACCAAGCACAAAGAAUUUACAAGGAUUUAUUGAUUAUAUUAAUAGCUUACCAGCUUAUGAUACGCCAGAAGUUUUUGGCUUGCACUCAAAUGCGGAUAUUACAUAUCAGAUUAAUUCAGCGAAAGGCAUUUUGGAUACAAUUUUGAGCGUACAACCCAAAGAGGGCGGUGGUGGUGGUGGCGAAACACGGGAGAGUAUUGUAUAUCAAUUGGCUGAUGACAUGCUGCGAAAGCUACCGGCACAGUACAAUGCAUAUGAGGUGCGUGAGAACCUGACGCGGAUGGGCAUUUUACUGCCAAUGAACAUUUUCCUUAGGCAAGAGAUCGAUCGCAUGCAAAAAGUUAUUAAAAGAGUGCAUUCGUGCCUGUGUGAUUUGAAAUUGGCAAUUGAUGGCACAAUUGUAAUGAGUCCCGCACUGAAGGAGUCCUUAGAUGCUAUGUACGAUGCGCGCAUACCAGAAAGUUGGAUGAAGAUAUCCUGGGAGUCAACAACAUUGGGCUUUUGGUACACUGAAUUGUUGGAGCGAAAUGGACAAUUUCGUACUUGGAUUUCAACGGAUCGGCCAAAAGUUUUCUGGAUGACAGGAUUCUUUAAUCCACAAGGAUUUUUGACCGCCAUGCGACAAGAAGUAACACGAGCACAUAAAGGUUGGGCUCUCGACUCCGUGGUGUUGCAAAACCAAAUAACACGUUACAACAAAGAGGACAUAACCGAGUAUCCAACGGAGGGUGUAUACGUGCAUGGACUAUUUCUCGAAGCAUCGCAAGAUGUUUUCUCUUGGGCCACUUUUGACGAGCGCUUGGCAAGUGUUCUGGAUGUCAAACUUGAGAACGUUGCUAAGAAAGAUGAUCUGCAAGUAUUGAGAGAAGAAAUCAAUUGCUUAAAACAAGAAAAUACUUCACUCAAGAAGAAUUGUGCCGGUUAA